CGCAUAUGAUGCACACCCUGCGCCAAUAUGAAGCCAUUCAGGGCAGUUUCUGCCUUUAAAGAAUAACCCUGGUUAUUUCUACAAGUGCUGAAUCCACUACCUGGAAUAAAGUAGAUGCGACGCCGAAUUAUUAUCUUGGUCCUGCAGAAUGUCCAAGAUCAGGCGGAAGGUAACAGUGGAGAAUUCAAAAACCAUAUCUGAUAGCAGCAGCACCCCCGCGACCACCAGCACCAGCAACCCCGCCGCCCCCUCCCGCCGGCCCAGUGUGUUUGAAAGACUUGGCCCCAGCACUGGGAGUAAUGCUGCUGAUAGUCACUGUAGAAAUUGGCUGAAGACUGGUAAUUGCAUUUACGGCAACACUUGUCGCUACACACAUGGAACUCAGCCACGAGGCAAAGGAUUUAGCUUUAGUCGGUCAGCCGAGAGACCCACAGGUGAUUUGCGGGAGAGGAUGAAGAAUAAAAGACAGGAUGUUGACCCAGAAAACUUGAAGCGAGACUUAGACGAGCCCACAUCCCCCCCAGCGAGACAGAGAGACUCCUCCAGAGGUAGACACAGGGAAAAGGAGGAUAUUAAAAUCACAAAGGAGCGCACCCCAGCAAGUGAAGAAGAGCCCACAGAGUGGGAAACCAAUCGAGAAGACUCGGAUAUCGGUGACUACGACUACGAGUUAUCCCUAGAGAUGAAGCGGCAGAAGAUCCAACGUGAGCUGAGGCAGUUGGAGCAGGAGAACUUGGACAAGAGGGAUGAGAUUGUCAUCAAGAAAGAUGAGACCCCCACCAAAACAAGAGCCACCGCCAUGCCGAAGGCCUCUCCAGAGCUGUUGAGCAAUAAGGAUUCCCCUUCACCCAGGAAGGCUAGUGGAUCCCCAAAACACAAAAGUGCCAAAGGUUCAGGCUCUGGGAAGAAGGAGAAGAAGGCGCUGGUGUCCUCGCCUGUUGCAGAAACUACCAGGCCUUCAAAAGGGAGCCACAGUAAGAAGAAAGGACCCCGUACCCCCAGCCCUCCUCCCCCAGUACCCCUGGACCUUCCUGUGGUUGGGAAGAAACACAAAGGCAAGCACAAGAACAAGGAGAAGUCAGAGGAGAAGCAGAAGGAGGCAAAAGAUCGGGGGCGAGAUGCAGAGAAACACAAGGAGAAGAAGGAGAAACGCAGGGACCGAUCGGACAGUUCCCACAAGGCCAAGCGGUCAGUGACGUCGGAGGAGCGAUCUGGCAGUGUGUCAUCCCCCUCAAGGUGCAUCUCACCCCCAGCCAGGAAGAAAUCCAGCUCCCCUAAAGCGAUGUCCCAUAAAGCCCCCGUACUGGCCUCCCCUCCUCGCAGGUCUCCCUCCCCUCCACGGCACCAGCGCACCCCUACUCCUCCCCGACACCACUCCCCCUCCUCCCACUCUGGUUCCUCGGCCCAGCGGCACUCUCCGUCUCCUCGUCGCCGUCGCUCCUCCUCCCCGAACUAUCAUCGGAGCUCAGCGGCUCUGGCGUCUGCCUCCUCCCCUCAAAGCUCCCGGCGUUCCCGGUCCCCGCUCGCCUCCCACGACACCUCCUCCCCCACCGGAUCAGACAGAUCCAGCCCCAGCCAGCGGCACUCGAGAGGUCGAGAGAGGAGCCGGGGAGAACGAGAGAGGAGUCCGCCCGCCCAGGAGCGCAGACAUGAGCGUAGAGAUGAAAGCCGCGGCAAGCGUGAGAAGGACGGUCUCCGCGACGACCGAGACUUUGACUCUGAGCAGGUCUCGUCACGGGACAUCCGGGAAGACCGAGAGGCUCGAGAGAGACGGGAAACCCGUGAGCGAGGAAGGGAGACAACCCGAGACUCUAGAGACCACCGAGACAACACCAGAGACGCUAAGGACUCCAGAGAGAACAGGACAGAGACCCGUUCCAGUCGGGAGUCUCUAGAGCGCCGCGACCGCGAACGAGAGAGGGACCGCGAUAAGGAGCGGGAGAAGGAGAGAGAGCGGGAAAAGGAAAGGGAAAGGGAGAGGAGUGAUGCCCACAGGAAGGAGGAGCUGCCUCAGGAGGACAGGAGCUAUGGGAGAGGGCAUGGACGGGAAGAUGCAGGGAGAGCUGAGGCGAGGACGGACAACAGGUCGGACAGAGGGGAGAGGAACGGACGAGGGAGAGGACGUGGGAAUGACACAUCUGAUAAAGGCUCAAUCAGAAACUCCCGAGGUUCCCAGCUGGAAAGCAGCCAUGACAACUGGGAAUCCAGGAGCAGCGCGGUGCGAGAGCGGAGCGCCGAGAGGAGCACGGAUCGCAGCGUUACAGAAAGAAGCUCUGAGAGGGGUUCAGACCGAGACCGAUACGAGGGCGACCGUAGAGUAGAGCCGGCCCGGGACUCCUCUUACGACCGGAGAGGAGGACACGGAGAGCGGGAUCGCAGAGACACCCGGGAGAGAGCCGGAGAUCAAAGAGCAGCCUCCCCAAACAGACACCAGUUGAGAGCCGAAGAGGAGGAGAGGAGAGAGGAGCGCCGGACGGAUCGUACAGAAGACCGGCGAGACGACAGGACUCGCGACCGGGAUAGAGAGAGAGAAAGGGAGAGGGAAAGGGAGAGAGAGAGGGAGAAGGAGCGAGACCGGGAGAGGGAAAAAGAGCGGGAGAAGGAAGCAGAGAGAGAGAGGGCCCGGGAAAGAGAGAGGGAGCGGGAACGGGAGAAGGAGAGAGAGCGGGAGAGGGAGCGAGAGAGGGAAAGAGAGCGCGAGGAGAGGGAGAAAGAGAGGGAGAAGGAGAGGGAAGAACGGGAGAGGGAGAGGCGGGACAGAGAGAGAGAUAGGGAGCAGCGGGAGAGGGAGAGGCAGCGGGAAUGGGAGGAGCGAGAGAGAGAGAGAGGGAGAGAGGAAAGGAGGGAAAGGAGGGAUGACAUCCGGGACGAGCGACCCGUUAGAGACACCCGGGACGACAGGAAGACCAGUCGUAAGAGGCCCAGAGUGGAGAGCACCCCGAGCCCCCGCGCCUCUCCUAAGCGCACCACCCGUGACUUCAGUCCUGCAGACAGCGACGGCUACAACAGUGUGGAAGAGAAAAGUGAGCGCCCGAUUGGACGGGGGCAGGCCAAGAUCCACCCACAGCCCCUCCUCCCAAACCCUGUGUGUCCGCAUCCAUCUGACAGUGCAGAGAAAAAUCGCUUGCUGAGCCAGGUGGUGCGACCCCAGGAGCCUUUGUUGCGCUCACCACCGAGAACUGCGCCAUCUGAGGAGAAACCCGUCCACUGGAAGGACGAGGAGCGCCGAGGAGCCGUGGACAAAAGGGAGACUCGCAGCAGCCGCCACGAGGACCUGGAGCCUCGCGGGGAGCGAAGCAGAGCAGGCGAUAGACGAGGAGAUCACCUCGCUGACCCCCCGCCUGACACUCGAGGCAGAGGCAGAGACCUGCGAGAGCCCACGCCUCCUCCUCCCCCUCCAGCCCCUGUCAGCAUCGACACUUCCCAUGAGGAGGGCAAAAAGAAGACCAAGUCGCAGAGAAAGGGAUCGAAGAAGGUCCGCAAAGAAGAUGAUGUCGCUGGUGGGAACAUCGCGGCUGCUGCAGGAGAUCGUUUCAACCCUGAGCCCCCGGCCAGCGUCCCUGCAGAUACACCUCCACUCAUUCACUCGCCCAGGAAAGGGGCCAAGAAGAAGGCGCUGGAACGAAAGAGAAAGCGCUCGAGAGAAGGAGAAUCUGAUGUGUCUGAGGAGGAUUCAACGGCACCUCAGCCACACAAUAAGAGGAAGAAAGGUCCUCGGACACCCCCGCCUUCAAUGAGGCCUGAUAAUCGUGCAGCUGCUGGCAACAAAGAGCCGUCUCCUCUAUCCAAAAUGGACAAUUUCAGUGACUGGUCAGACGAGGAGGUAACAGACCGAGGAGGCCCCCUGGAAACUCAAGCUCCACCAGCUCCUGCUGAGCCUCUUAAGAAAGCUGGUGGUACCAGAGGGGGCAGGGACAGGGAGCGGGGAAACCCCCCUCCCAUCGCUCCUCUGCUGCCCCAAGAUCCUCCCAUGCUGCUGCCUACUCCGCAGCCGCUCAUGUCCCAGACGCUGCUCCGCAAACACCCCCAGGAGCAGACGCGCAGCAGCAGCAUGGGGAGCAACAAGAGCCGCGCCUCGUCCAGACGCCUGAGAUCCCCCUCCAACGAGUCGGCCAAUCGAGAAGAACCGCAAGGUCCGAGAGCCCGCCGGGGCCGGCUGCAGGGCGCCAACUCUCGGGACAGAGAACGUGAGAGGGAGAGAGAGAGGCCGGUGGUGAAUGAGCCUCUGGGGGCCGAGAGGAAGUCUCGUAUCGACCAGUUGAGGAGAGGAGAGCCCAGCCGCAGCACCUCCUCCGACCGGCAGGAUUCCCACAGCCUCAGCUCCAGGCGCAGCUCUCCAGACUCCGAGAGGCCAGCCAGGUCCAGGUCCCGCGCCGGUUCCUACGACAGCCGGGACCGAGAGCCGUUUGAGCGGGAACGAGACCGCAAGGAUCUCCGUCCUCAGCAGCCGCCCCAGCAGCCCCUGCUCCUCCAGCAGCCCCUGCAGCAACCAAGAGACUGGGAGCCCGAACCCCGGGACUGGCCCGUCAGGGGACGGGAGCCGCUACUGAUGCGUCCCGGCCGGGAACCUCUCCUGAGGGAGCGGGACAUCAGGGACAGGGAACGCUUACUCCCUGAAGGACUCAUCCAGCAGCAUGAACGGGAGCGUGAGAGGGACCGGGACAGAGGUGACCGAGGCGGAGACAGAGAGAGGGAGAGGAUGAUGAUGGACCUGCCACCGCACGGGGACCCCCGGGCGCCGGGACGAGGGGAUCUGAGGGGAGAUAUGAGAGGAGACCUGCGGGGGGACAUGAUCAGACCGGAGAGGAGCGAGUAUGAUAUUCUGCUGCCGAAAGAAGCCUUCAACCCUCAAGAGACGGAGAAAACCAGCAACAGCCAUCCUCUCCUGGGAGAGCAACGGGAGCCGGAGAAGACGGACAGCAUCGAUGGAGACGAUGACGGGAAAGAAGAUGAUGGCCAGUCCGUCCCUUCUGUGGGAGAGGAGUAUGAACCCAUCAGUGAUGACGAGCUGGAUGAGAUCCUUGCCGACAGCCAGAAAAAAGAGGAUCAGCAGGACGAGGAGAAAAUUACAGGUCCUCUGGAUGUCAUUGAUGUGGACUGGUCCAGCCUGAUGCCCAAACAGAAGGCGGAGCCCCGGGCAGCAGGGGCCGCUCUGCUCCGGUUCACCCCAGGGGCCGUGCUUCUCCGGGCGGGCAUCUCCAAGAGACUUGCUGGGCCUGAGCUCCUGGAACAGGUCAGGGAGGUGUGCAAAUCUGAGCUGGACGACCCUAAAGAUGCUGAUAAGCUGUUUGAGCAUGACCUGGGGGCCCUGAAUAUGGCCGCCCUGAAAAGGCGGGUGGAGAGGGCUGGUUUACUGAGAAACCUCGGGCCCUGCUGCAAGGCCCUGUGCGCCCGCAGAGACUUUGCUAUCCGCCGGCAGCUGUUAAAAAAUGACAAGGGUCUUACAAAGCAGUACCCCACUACACCAGUGGUAGACAACGAGCUGCUGCAGAUGAGCAUGCGUCUCUUCAGAAGGACCAUGGCGGGCCAGGCCUCGGGCCCUGAAAAGCCAGAGGGUGGGUCGGGCCCUGCAGCCGAGGUCCCUCCAGCUGAGGGUAGUAAGCUCAGCACUGCUCCCCCUGAGGUGUGUGUGUCCUGAGAGGAAAUGGGUUUAAUUAGUCGACACACUUGUCAAAACGUUCCUUGAACUCUAUCCCAUUUCAUUUCACACAUAGUCAUGAGAGGAAUUAAAGGAAAACUGCAAAAUUAUGAAUCUUACUCAGUUUCACAUGUUUUGGAUGUCAUGCAAGUGCUUUGCCAUAGACUACUGGACAUUAUAGCCUAUGGAAGUGUGUAAUGGACUGUGUGAGAAGCCACACCUGAUUUGACUUCAUGUUUUUUUGUGUGCAUUCCAGUUUUAGAGCAGCUUUUUAAUUGUCAGUGUUGUCUGCCUAACCAAGUUCAAAUUUUGUUUUCGUAUACUGUGCAUUGGUUUCAACGACUGCGCAUUAAAAUGGUUAGAUGUUGGUUUUUGUUAUGGGUCUUUUGCUUUGUAUGAAAUGACUGCCUUAAAAUAAUGUGACACAUGAUGUUCCUACUAUGGUUGUGUACAUUAUAUUACAAAAUGUCUGCAGAGCAAAGCGUUACUGAGCAACAACACUGAACAUCCUGCAGGGACUUGAAUGAACAUUCCCACAAAUAAGCACUGCCAAACUAUUCCUCCACUGAAUGUAAUUUGUUAUAACUGUCGUUGAAAACAAUAAUGAUGUGUUUGCUUUGAAUGGUUUGGCAAUGUCUACCUGAAAUGAACUUGAGUACGAACCCUCCAACACUGCCAUGUGGAAAUCACCAGCACACACCAUCCAAAAAAAGACAAUAGACUUCUUUAGAUUUAAAACAUAUGACAGAGACGAUAAUUAAUUAGAACUUUGCGUCCCGUUUCUGUCUCCUAGUGGUUGGCCAUCAGAAUUAAAAGACUUGUACAGGUGGAUAAAAUGGCCCUCUGGGAAGGGCUGUGUGCAAAGAGCAGGUUGUGCAUGCUUUGAAUGUUUGGACAAUAACUCAACGGACAAACCAGCCUCAUCUUAAAGAACAAAAUAGAAACGGAUAAACUUGUUAUCUUAGAGCACUGGACCCAAUAUCACCUCCGCCCCACCAUGCAGCUGUGACCUCAAUCAAAGUGACAUUACAGACGUGGAGAGAUUUGGCUCUGAUGUAUUCCAAUAUCUUUCACUCUGACUACAAUGCUGGGGUUGGGAAGACACUUUUCCUACUACAUAUUUAUUUUGUUUAAGGUAAGGUCAGUUUUAAGAUGUGCUAGAAAUGAAAUGCUGUAUUUUUUUUACUGUAAAAUAAAUACAAAAUGACAUUUAAA